AUGGAUGCCUCAAAAAGAGCGAUCUGCGUUGAAGAAGGCGUAGAUGUGUCUUUUGGAAUUGGCAAUGUCUCCUCUAGAUACGCAUCUAAGACCAGGUCAUGCUCACCAGCUUUAUCGGAUGCAUCCUCGUGUACUCUGAGAGAAAGCUCGCCAGAGCCAGAAACAUGGUCGAAUCCCAUAUCAACAGAUUCCACAGUACUCGAUACGCAGCCUUCUUUCAAAUCUCUCUCCAUAUCACCCGAGACAUCUGACACGCCUAUAACACCUGCAACACCAGCCAAAAAGCGGUCUUUGGAGGAAAGUGAGCUAUCUUUCACGAAUCUGGAGAUCUUUAAUGCUUCCAAGCGCCACAAUGGGACUCCACUCUCAUCGUUUCGUAGUGCUUGUCACAUGAGUUCUAGACCUCUUCAGUCCUGCAACACUCCGCACGCUGCUUCGCUCGGCCAGAGAAUCCCAUUAAAUAGCCUUCGUACUCACCGAAUCAAUCCCGAGGUUGUAUCUCCAAUUUCAAAUCAGUCCAAAGCUGCUCGCGCUGAAACCAAUACCCCUCGCCAGGUCCCUAUUAUCGCAGCUCCGAAGGAAAUCAUUAAUAUUGACGAUGAAGAAGACUUCCCUGCUUUUCAAAUACCUCCCGGAGUCGAAGUCAUUGAUCUAGACGAAUAUGAGAAAGAAAAUGAGCUUGAGGAGGAUAUCUUUGGCAUUGAGCAACAUGCUGGGGCUCAAAGUAACUUUCAACGUGCUUUUCUUGCCGACAGAAAUCCUGAGAUCGUACCUCCCAAUAUAGAAAUUCAAUCACUGGCAUGGAAAUCUAGUCUUCUCAGACCCGAGAAAACAGUAGAGCUGAAGAACGGAACUUUCCUGAAGAUCAAAACAAUCGUCAAGAAUCUCGCAAGUGAUGAGAUUUCGAUCAGAGGGUGGAAGCUCGUGCGUACUCGAGAUCGAAUGCUUGGUGGUAUUGCAGGAAAGAAGAGAAAUGAGCUUGCAUUUAUUCAUGAGGUCGAUAGGGACGACAAACGAGAUGUAUGGGAACAAUCUGUACAUACGAUUCGAGUGGAUGAGGUUCUGAAGAUCCGCCGCUUGAUUUGUACUAAUAGACUUCUGCCGGAAUGUAGAUACAAUAAAGAUGACAUUCCGGUGGAGAUUCGAAGUAAAGAAGAGAACGAGAUACUAAAAUAUAUAGAGGAGGAGAUGGCAUUGGUGGCUAGAAUCGCGUUUGUGGCUAGAUAUCCGAAUGCAGAAGCGAGAGUAAGGAAAGGUGCACUUGUGGAUAGACCCAGAGAAUCGGGAAUUUUGAGAUCUCUGCAGAAAAAAGAGUGCACAGAAGGUUAUUAUAUCGAUCCGGAUGAGAAAAGGAGGGGGUGGAGAGGAGAAACUAUUUUGGGCGGUUCGGGAAAUCUCGACAACGGGAGAAAUGGAUUCAAUUUCAGCUCUCAAUACACAUACGGCGAUGGAUACUGCGGAGCAGGAGGUAUGACCCGUGGUGCUAUAGCAGCCGGUCUCAAAGUGAAAUGGGGCUUUGAUUUCAAUCCACACGCAGGCGACACAUGGCAAAAGAAUUUUCCCGAUGCAAAAUUUCAUCUCUUGCCCGUCAACGAAUUCGCCGCUCUCCCUGAUCCGCGCAAGAAACUCUGGGUCGACAUCCUCCACCUCUCUCCUCCCUGUCAAGUCUUCUCGCCAAUCCACACGUGUCCAGGACGUAAUGACGAAAUGAACUACGCGGCUCUCUUCGGCGUUAUGGCUGCAACUGAAAAAGCCAGACCGAGAAUCGUAACUCUAGAACAAACUUUUGGGAUUCUGCAUCCGAAACACAAAGAUGCUUUUAAUGGGCUCAUCGCCUGUUUUACGAAUCUGGGUUUCGAUGUUUCGUGGAAAGUGGUGAGCUUUCAGGGAUAUGGGACGCCGAGUCGUAGGUCUAGAUUGAUUAUUCUUGCAUCUUGUCCUGGAGAACCCCUUCCCCACUUGCCCCAAUACACCUACCACGACCCGCAGCACCUCCACCCCUCCCAAAAACCCUACCUCACCCCCAACAAAGUUCUCUCCGCCAUCCCCCGCAACGCCCCCAACCACGAUCCUUCGAGCGAAAGACUCCACCGCGCAGCCUACACCCCCUGGGACGGCAGCGUCAUCUGCCGAGCGAUUCUCACCAGCGGCGCCGGCGUCGGUCUCCCAAACGGCACUCGCGGAAUGACGAAUCGAGAACUCGCUGCGCUGCAGGGAUUUCCGCUCAAACAUGUGUUUCACGGACGGGAAAUUAAGAAACAGGUGGGUAAUGCGGUGCCACCGAUUUUUGCGAGGAGGUUGUUGGAGAGUGUUAGGAGACAGUUGGAGAGGAGGGAUGGGUGGGUAAGAGGAGAGGGGAUUGUGCUUAGUUCUGAUGAGGAGUAG